AGGAAAGAGCUCCAACGAGGGACGUCCCCUUCCCGCCCCGCCUCUCGGGUGAGACAUGCAGGAUGGAAGCGCAGAGCCCCUCUUUGUGCGCGGCGAUGCUGGAGCCUCGAAACAGAGGAUACAUCUGGGGGGCCAAGGCUGAGGGAGAACCAUCUGAAGUAUCACUGGAAAAAGCUGAGGAGCAGGUUCAGGAGCAGAAACUGAGGAGUGAAGAUGGAGCAAAGAGACAAGAGGAGAGACAGACUCACACAGGAGACAAAUCUUAUAAAUGCUUGGAGUGUGGAAAGAGCUUCAGUAACAGUAGCAACCUUACUUCGCAUCAAAGAACUCACACAGGAGACAAACCUUAUAAAUGUCUGGAGUGUGGAAAGAGCUUCAGUCGCAGUAGCACCCUUACUUCUCAUCAGAGAACUCAUACAGGGCAGAAACCUUAUACAUGCUUGGAGUGUGGAAAGAGCUUCAGUCACAGUUGCACCCUUACUUCGCAUCAAAGAACUCACACAGGAGACAAACCUUACAAAUGCUUGAAGUGUGAAAAGACCUUCAGUCAGAGAGGCACCCUUAGUUCGCAUCAAAGAACUCACACAGGUGACAAACCUUAUAAAUGCUUCGAAUGUGGAAAGAGCUUCAGUCACAGUAGCACCCUUAGUUCGCAUCGAAGAUGUCACACAGGGGACAAACCUUAUAAAUGUUUGGAGUGUGGAAAGAGCUUCAGUCACAGUAGCGCCCUUACUUUGCAUCAAAGAACUCACACAGGAGACAAACCUUAUAAAUGCUUGGAGUGUGGAAAGAGCUUCAGUGACAGUAGCGCCCUUGCUUCGCAUCAAAGAACUCACACAGGGGACAAACCUUAUAAAUGCUUGGAGUGUGGAAAGAGCUUCAGUGACAGUAGCGCCCUUACUUCGCAUCACAGAACUCACACAGGAGAUAAACCUUACAAAUGCUUGAAGUGUGAAAAGACCUUCAGUCAGAGUAGCAACCUUACUUCGCAUCAAAGAACUCACACAGGAGACAAACCUUAUAAAUGCUUCGAGUGUGGAAAGAGCUUCAGUAACAGUAGCAUCCUUACUUUGCAUCGAAGAUGUCACACAGGAGACAAACCUUAUAAAUGUUUGGAGUGUGGAAAGAGCUUCAGGUGGAGUAGUUCCCUUGCUUUGCAUCAAAGAAUUCACAGAGGAGACAAACCUUAUCAAUGCUUUGAGUGUGGAAAGAGCUUCAGGUGGAGUAGCACCCUUACUUCGCAUCACAGAACUCACACAGGAGACAAACCUUAUACAUGCUUGGAGUGUGGAAAGAGCUUCAGGUGGAGUAGCGCCCUUACGGUGCAUCAAAGAACUCACACAGGAGACAAACCUUAUAAAUGCUUGGAGUGUGGAAAGAGCUUCAGUCAGAGUAGCCAACUUACUUUGCAUCGAAGAUAUCACACAGGGGACAAACCUUAUAAAUGUUUGGAGUGUGGAAAGAGCUUCAGAUGUAGUAGUUCCCUUGCUUCGCAUCAAAGAAUUCACAGAGGAGACAAACCUUAUCAAUGCUUUGAGUGUGGAAAGACCUUCGGUCAGAGUAGCACCCUUACUUCGCAUCAAAGAACUCACACAGGAGACAAACCUUAUAAAUGCUUGGAGUGUGGAAAGAGCUUCCGUCAGAGUAGCCAAUUUACUUUGCAUCUAAGAACUCACACAGGGGACAAACCUUAUAAAUGCUUGGAAUGUGGAAAGAGCUUCAGGUGGAGUAGUUCCCUUGCUUCGCAUCAAAGAAUUCACAGAGGAGACAAACCUUAUCAAUGCUUUGAGUGUGGAAAGACCUUCGGUCAGAGUAGCCAACUUACUUUGCAUCAAAGAACUCACACAGGGGACAAACCUUAUAAAUGCUUGGAGUGUGGAAAGAGCUUCAGUCAGAGUAGCCAACUUACUUUGCAUCUAAGAACUCACACAGGGGACAAACCUUAUAAAUGUUUGGAGUGUGGAAAGAGCUUCAGUCAGAGUGGCACCCUUACUUCUCAUCAAAGAACUCACACAGGAGACAAACCUUAUCAAUGCUUUGAGUGUGGAAAGACCUUCAGUCGGAGUAGCCAACUUAAUUUGCAUCACAGAACUCAUACAGGAAACAAACCUUAUACCUACUUGUAGUGUUGAAAGACCUUUCAUCAGAAUGGCUACCUUCAGGCACAUCAAAGGAUCCGUUCAAGAUGCUUUGAAUGUGAAAAAAGCUUUAAGCAUAAAAGGUCUCCUUAUGGGGAAGCCAGGCUACCAACAGGAUUUUUGUGGGGAGUUUCAGAGCCUCGACAGAGCCUCUUCUCUUAGCUUAACCACAGACUGGUCCACUUCCCUUCACCUGCUAUUUUGGUGGCCUGUCAGUUUUUCCUUUGCAGAGACAGAGAGGUUUUUACUUUUCCAGAGUUGGGUGAGCACCCAAGAUGGAUGCUGAGGCCAAGAUGGCUGCAGAACCCAAAAUGGCCUCUCUGUUGUCCAGUUUUUCCCCAUCAUAUUGCCCCCUCCGGCAGUUUCUAGCUGCCAAAUUCAAUAUUCAGUUGAUGACAUUUAAUGUAUUACAUAUCUACUUCCUCUGGAUCCUACCUCUCUGUCAUUGUUACCUCCAUGUGCAUCAUUCGAACAUCAGUUUUUGUAUAGAAUCAUAGAAUAGUAGAGUUGGAAGGGGCCUAUAAGGCCAUCGAGUCCAACCCCCUGCUCAAUGCAGGAAUCCAAACCAAAGCAUUCCCAACAGAUGGCUGUCCAGCGGCCUCUUGAAUGCCUCCAGUGUCGGAGAGCCCACUACCUCUCUAGGUCAUUGGCUCCAUUGUCGUAUGGCUCUAACACUUAGGAAGUUUUUCCUGUCCAGUCAAAAUCUGGCUUCCUGCAACUUGAGCCGAUUAUUCCAUGUCCUGCACUCUGGGACGAUUAAGAAGAAAUCCCGGCCCUCCUCUGUGUGGCAACCUUUCAUGUACUUCAAGAGUGCUAUCAUAUCUCCCCUCAGUCUUCUCUUCUCCAGGCUAAACAUGCCCAGUUCUUUCAGUGUCUUCUCAUAGGGCUUUGUUUCCAGUCCCCUGAUCAUCUUUGUUGCCCUCUGUUAGGACCCCACCCCUGCUGUCACCACCUGUCAGAAUCCUUCCAGUCAGGGUCCUGGUUUUUAUUUGUUCUCUCACUGGCUCUAGCACAGAUCUUGCAAGAUCCCACUGCUAGGCAGCACCACCAGCCACUCCCUAUUUCACAAUAUUGCUUUGAGACUUUGCCUUAGUCUCCUACUGGCUUAUUGUUACUUUGUGACUGGGUGCACUUGCAGUACACAACCCCCCUGUAUCUUUAUGCCUAUAAAGCAUACAUCCCUGGGUUUCUCUGCAUACUUUUGGAUGUUACAUUAACUCUUCACCGCUGCCACCAUUUGAUACUUUUUCUGCACCUUGGAAAAUACCAUGCCCACCCUUCUGGUCUGUGAAAACCCCAGCCAAGGAUCAGGCUUCUGGUAAACCAAGAAAAUAUUUAUUUAUAAACACCAGGAAAUAACAAGAUUACUUAAGAUAUUUUUAACAAGCGUAUGGUUUCAUAUAUUGCGUUACUCUUCGUGUUUCUAGUCAUCUGCCUCAAUAUUAGCCAAAUACAAUCCAACCCACAACCAACCUCAACCUCCCUCACAACUCUCACAAAACUCUCUCUCCAACAAUCUCUCAUCCUCUCAUUUAUACCUUCAGACACUCAGCCAAUCAGCCAAUCAUAAUACCACAUUCUCCAGCAUUCCAGCCCAUGUGCUCCCCCUGUCACUCAGUCCACUUACCAUAUAUACUUUACUAAACCUGCACUUACCAUAUUUACAGUCAUAUCUGUAUACAGGGACAUCACACCCUCCUCUGAACCUGUUCCGGUUUUUCUGCAUCCUUCUUGAACUGUGGAGACCAGAAAUGCUCAACAUAAGACCAACUGAAUUAUUACAUAUAUGAGCACCAGCAAGCAUAAUCCCAUUAUAACAUAUUUUAGCAGAUUUUUUACUAGGCCUGCUAGCCAUCCAUCUGGAUUCGGUAGCCAUCCCCACCAAUCAAACUCCCUAUUCCGGUCAACAUAAGCUACUUCUGCUAUUUGCUCAUCAUGAUAUAUUAUGAAGUUGGCGUGAGAGUCAAUCUCUCCAGCUGAACUGUUUAUGUAGGAACAACAUUCGCUGCCAAUGACGGCGCAAGUCCCUCCAUCUAUAGUGAGCAAAUAGUCCAGCACCAACUUAUUUUGGAGAACCUUUUUCCUUAUUUUCUGGAGGCAACAUUGGUGGAAUCUUUCAAGAAGUUGUGAGUGGCGUUUAUAGAUGGUCCGUGUUUCACAGGUGUCCAGUAAGGUCGGUAGUACAAUGGCAGACAUAGAAAGCAAGCACACCUAUGCCCAGAAUGGUGCAAAGGGGGGGAUGUGUUUUGCAUAUGCAGAGUAACUCGGUAGGUUGUGCAUCUACCUUAGAAGCAGGAUUUUACCCUGCAUUUAGAUCACUGAGACUUCAGGUUUCAGGAGGUAGAUUAUGCCUCUCAUUUGAAUUUUCCAAGUGUAUCUUAUGGCUUAGAAACUUGUAAUUUUUUUGUUUUUUAAAAAUUAAACAUGGGAUUUGCUUAUGGGCAGCUUUUGGGAUGCCUUUCUUUGGCAGGAACUUGAGUGACGAAUGGAGCUUUGGGAUUUGUGGGACAAACCUCCCCAUCUGGGGAUCAGGUGGUGGGGAGAUGCAGGACUCCUGGGUUCUCAGCUGAC